CAACUGUAACUCCAGUCACAUAGCACACAUACACACACACCAAGGCCUGACUCCGUAUAAGUAAACAAAGUAAAGGCCUAUCUCAAUCGUCAUUUACGAAAGACAUAGUGCACACACUAUAUCGUGUCAGAUUUAAAAUCAGGUCAGAUUGAAAGAUUAUUUUUCUUGCAAGUCAAUAGUGUGUUGUGUUGCUGUCCUGUGUGCAUACGAACAACGGGGCGGUGUAAGGUUCGUAAAGGGCACCCCCGAGGGACAAGGCCGAGACAUAGACAUAGCUACCUGUUGACGCAAGGAUGAUUUGCAAGAAGAAAAAAAAGGAAACAGGUAAGAUGCAUUCAGGUAAUCACUUUUUAGUUUUUAAUUUACUGCGUGGUCUUUGACAAUUCAAUGGCCCCUUCGGCGCCUGGCUCUGGUCAUGUUUUAUGAAGUUGUUGUGCGGUCUUAGAUAAUAGCACUUAAUAAUAAUAGCGUGCCUCGUUGUUCAUACAGGGAGUAAGAGGAUAUACUACUGUUGUGUCCUUAUACUGCCAUUAAUACCCCCCUCCCCACUCCCCAACCUCUAAACAUCUUGAUCAUUUUAAGUGAUCAUUCGUUUUAGUUUCAAUAAAUAGUGGAACAAGAUAAGUGUUUAGGCUUAAAUUAUUAUUUUUAUUGAAGACAGGACAUUAAAAAAAUGACGUUUCAGCUAAAUGCCUUUUCGAUUACCCCAAGUGUUUAUCUGUGAAGUUAGUAGUAAAUAUGUAACUAAGCAAUAUGUUAUUUAGAAACAAUUUCUUAUUAUAAGAAACAAUUAAAAUAAAAAAAAAAUUAAAAAAGAAUUUCUCUAGGAACCCGACGCCUCAAUGCCGCCAAUAAUAUUAGUGAAUACUGAAAUAGUUUUGGAAGACCGCUGCUACAGUUUAUUUAAAGAAGUUUGUUUCUUCUUUUUUUUUUUUGUUGUUGCUUUUUUUUGUUUGUUUUGUUUUUGCCAUUUUUAAUAAUUAUUCUCACAUUCAUUCAAUUUUUUUGACACCAGCUUGAGAAAAAUGUAUUUUUUUUUUUUUUUUUUUUUUUUGUUUUUGUUUUUUUUUUUUUUUUUUUUUUUUUCCAUUUUUAAAAAUUAUUUUAAAAUUAAAUAAAUUUUUUUAAAAAAAAAAAAAAAAAAAUGUUCUUUUCAUAAAAUGUCAUGAUGAAAAAAAACAAAAAAAAACAACAAACAAUUGAUCAUUUUCUUGGUUCGGGGAGGAAUAAACCAACGAGUCUUACAAAGGCAACACAAUUUCAUUAUUAUUUAGUCAUUUAAAUGAAGAAAGUUAUUUUAGUUAGAAAUUCCAAAUAAACUUUUUAAGGUACAGCAUUUGUUUUGGGAAAUUGACGCUGUCUAUUUUCAUUAGAUAAAUCACAUAUUUAUAAAUAUAUGACGUAUUUUGUAAAUAUUUCCUGGCUCUUGUUUUAUACAUUAAGAUUUUAACAUUUUUUUUAAUGACCUGUCUUACAUCACCAUACAAAUCUAUAGACCUUUUCUACAAAACAGUAUUUUUUUGUUACUGAAAAUUUUGGGAAAAUGUAAUUGAGUUUUCCAUUCAAAAUUUAAGUUUUAUCUAUCUCCUUUCAUUGAUGAACUUUUUUUUAAAAAACAUAUCAAUGGUUUCAAAUAAAAUUAUGAAGCAACACUACAAUUUAGAUACAACUAAAAAUAAAAGGAAUUGUUAAACCCGUGCAUGGUCAAGGGAACCUAAAUUUCAACUAGCUUCCUUUCUGUUGCCAGCCGGUUAAGUGUAGAAGGAUGCAAAACUAAAUUCAUAUAUGCGCCAAAAUUGCAUCCAUCAUUUCGAAUUUAUCUAACAUUUUUUAUGGGGAGGGGCUUACUGAGACCUCUCUCCAAACCUUACCACCCCUCUUCCCCCCCCCCCCGCCAGUUUCGUUCGACGCCCUCGAUCUCUCCUCCCCCACCUAUUACUAAAUUGACAGUACCGACACAUUUGAAUCUGAAAAAAAAAACCACCAGAUAAGUAAAUACAUAGAUUCUUUUGAAAGGGGAAAAUUAUGAUUUCAUUUUCAUUUAGGUAGUUUGUUUCACGUAGUUGGACUUAAUACAUUCUAUGGACAAAACUAAGCUAGGACGAAAAGCCCACCCUGGGGGGGGGGGGGGGCAGGGGCACUACCAGAAUGAAUUUAUGGUUAUGCAUGGUAGUGGUGGCAAAAUCAGAUCUGGGCAUCAAAAUUACAAAUUAUCUUCUCACAGCCCUGAGUGUUUAGAGGGUAAUGGGAUUCAAUGCAUUAAUGUGCCCAGGGCCGUCGCUGCUGUAUAGACGGCCCUGGUGCUGGCCAAGUAGAUGACGCCCGCCUGCGUAAUCGUGCUUACAAUGCUCGGCAUUUUAACCUCCCGUCUGACAUCUCUCAACAGGCGUAAUUCAUCAACAUGGACGUGCACCCAGAUUGUGUACAGCUGAAGGGUCGGCUUAGGAAUGUAUCGAGAGAUACUUUAACACAAGCACACACAUCUCAUAUGAUAAUAGUAGUUCUUUGUUAUUUUUGGCACCAAUCUUGUUUAGGUUCCAUUUUAAAACUGAAAUAUACGAUAUCAUGGGAUGAGAAUCCCUGUACCUAAUUAUGAAAUGCGAUAUCAUGGGAUGAGAAUCCCUGUACCUUAUUAUGAGAUGUGGUAUCGCGGGAUGCGAAUCUGUGUAACUAAUGAUGAAAUAAGUUAUCGUGGGAUGCGAAUCUGUGUACUUAAUUAUGUAAUACGAUAUCAUAUUGAUGCGAAUCUGUGUACUUAAUUAUGUAAUACGAUAUCAUAUUGAUGCGAAUCUGUGUACCUAAUUAUGUAAUACGAUAUCAAGGGAUGCGAAACUGUGUACCUGAUUAUGAAAUGCGAUAUCCUCUUCGUACCUAAUUAAAACAAUCAAAUUUACGACAAACGUGACACCAGCUUGUGUUUCAGAUCAACCAAACUACACUUUAAUGGCUGACAAUGCGGGGCCUGCGGCCUGUUGACUACGGUGCUGCCGGGCACACGAACGUCACAAUGACGUAAUAUAACGAAGCAAUGGCUUCAUUUUAUCCACCCGCCUUCAGCGGCGUCGCUGUGGUGUCUAGAUUUUGGGGAGUCCGAUUCGAGUGGAGGGGGAGUUGGGGGGGAGGGAGCCCUGGUGUUUCUUAAAUUGAAAUUUGGCCCUUGUCAAGUUAAGUUUAUCUGGCCAACUUUAGAAUAGUGCCAAACGAAUACGUGUCUUACAACGUCUGUUGACCCUGUGGUCCGCGGCACGACCUGGCGAUCCUGAGUAUCCCUAUGACACACAUGUAUACGUGAGACAAGCCAUAUUGAAGUGUAUAUGGGUGCUUCGAGGAUAUUUCGAAUGGCCAACCUAUAAUUAACAGUCACGUGCGGAGAAUCGUCUGAAGUUCAUAAGAGUCUACGUCGCCAAAAAUGUUCAUCUCGAUACUCGUCCCUCUGUCAUAAGAUGCUUUGGACUGCGAUAAAUCUUUUUUAAGUAGAUCGUUGAGAGUAUUGAGAAACAAACCAAUUGUGUACAUAAAAUAAUAUGGGUCGAGCUUUAAAUGCGGUUGCACAAUACACACAUUCAAACGUUUUGGUAAAUACUUUCAUCAGUACAACAACAACAAAAACAACAAAAACAACAACACAUUUAUAUAAGUAUAAAUCAAAUUUACACAAUAAAUGUAUAUCCUACUAUUACCGGACUGGCGGUACUGAAAAAUGGAAGAAAUGAAAGAAAAAAGAUGGCCCAAAGCCCCCCCCCCCCCCCCCCAAGGAAAACAAGGCUCAGAAGAGCGGGACAAAAAAAAAGUGGGGGGGGGAGUACAAUAUAAAAACCCAACAGGAAAAAAGACAUUGCAGGUAUUUAAAAUUCCGACUUUGGUCUAUACCGUAUGGAGUCAGCGUACACAAUCUUUUCAUUAAUUAGUUGUCCAUAUAAAUUCUAUCAGGUUUAUUAUUCGAAUACAAUAUACCGGUAACGGCAAUGUCUUAUAUGCCAUGACAUGGACGACAUGGUUGGCACUAUUCACAUUCGUCUUUUCAAUGUAAAAUUUCACACCCCACCAAAAAAAAUAAUAAAAAAAUAAACACCCAAUAGUGCCUUUCCUUGCAUUUAACCCACUCUGCUCCUCUUCGACCCCCCCCCCCCCCCCCCCAUGGUUGAUACGAUUCGGCUCAUCCCGCGUCUGACGACCGACCACCUGCUGUGUGGUGCCUCGCGCUUUAUGUGAUAAGCCAGUUGGGCAACGUUUAUGACAGAUAUCGCAUGGAAUCCCUGUGUUUUUUGGCGUAACAUGUGGGUGCCAUUGCUGUUCAUCCGCAUUAUGUGGCGUGAGGUGCACUUUAGAUCAUUACACUGUCGUACGCCUGCCAUGCUACAUAUAAACACUUGAAGCCCGUAGAGUGAUGGCAGUAGGUAAUACUUUAUAUUAUCUUGUUAUAUUUUUUUUUCAAUUGUGUUAAUGAAAAUUUAAAAAAAAAUAGAUUAUCAGAAAAUACCUCAUUUAAUCAUAUGGAACCUAACAACCCAUAAAAAACAUUGUUUUUUUAUAAAUCUUUUAUAUGCAUUUUGCCUUAUUUUAUUUUAUAUUAAUAUUCUAAUGUCCCACCAGAUUUUACACUUCAGAUUUAUUUCACCAACUAUUUCAGAAAAAAUGCCUAAGAAAAUAUUACGCACCAAACAUACUUGCGAUAUUGAAAAAAUAAAAGAAUCGCACCUAGCGCAGUUAUCGGGAAUUUCAUUUUGUGAAAUCAGAGGCAUUAUAUUUCCUCCACCUCCCCUUGAACUUGCCUCACCUUCGCAUUGGAAAACAGGAAUAAAACUCUUUUUGGGGGGGUUGAGGGAUGGGGCUGACAAUUGGUCAGAAUAUGUUGUCAUCGGCAACGAGUCUUUGUGCCAAGUUUGAGCUCAAUAGGUUGAUGGGAAGUGGGUCAGUUAACCGUCCGAAGAUUUUGCGAGCCAGAAACACACGAACGAAAGCAAAGUCAAUACAAAGUAUUUUAAAAAUGCUAAAUCUUAGGCCAUUGACACCAGGGCUGUCACUCAAUUUGUUUUUAUUCCCAAGAUUUGGUCAAAACGUUUCCCAAGAUUUCCCAAGACAUGAAAAUAUAAUAGUUUUUUUUUUAAGGAUCUUGGGAAUUUAAAAAAAAAAAGGUGAGUUUUGGCCCUGAAUGGGGUAGUGAAUUCCAAAGAUCUUAACUCACUUAACCAAAAGUUUUUUUUAACUUAAAAUUUAAAAUAAAGAAAAAAAAAUUUAAAAGCUAAAAAUCUAAAUUACGGUGACGCGUUCUGUAGUUGAUAUUUUUAGAUCAUCGCAUCCCGGAUGUUUCUUAGUUUUAAAGACUUUAUAAUACGAAUUUCGUCCACGUGACCCACGCUAUUUAUCUCUUCCACAGGGCAUCCCCAGAAAGCAGUGUGACCAGUUUGUUUGGGUUUCUCUUACUGACACAACGUGACUUGGUCGUACAAUCCAUGGAAGAAUAACAGCAACGCCCUUCAAUUGAAUCAAACAUCCGAGCAACCGUAUGUAAGCCGACAGCCUUUCGAUACAAUAAUCGCACGUGAAAAGAAUAAAUAUCAGCCAUUGCAAAUUCUCCGCGAACAAGCUGACGUCACCACAUGAAUCAACUGACUCUGAAAACAGAAAUGUACACAUCUUGCCCCGAAACCUUAAACAAGUCCACCGUAAACUGACAGCAGAGAUUGCCAGGGGUUUACUGACAGGACAGCCGAUAGUGCCCAGGGUUUACUGACAGCACAGCCAAUAAUGCCCAGGGUUUACUGACAGCACAGCCGAUAAUGCCCAGGGUUUACUGACAGCACAGCCGAUAAUGCCCAGGGUUUAGUGACAGCACAGCCGAUAAUGCCCAGGGUUUACUGACAGCACAGCCGAUAAUGCCAAGGGUUUCCUGACAGCACAGCCGAUAAUGCCCACGGUUUACUGACAGCACAGCCGAUAAUGCCAAGGGUUUCCUGACAGCACAGCCGAUAAUGCCCAGGGUUUACUGACAGCACAGCCUAUAAUGCCCAGGGUCUACUCAGCUUGCCUCGGGCGUCGGUGCCUGCCGGAGUCAGAGGAUGAGCUGGCCGAGUACCUGACGCUGGAUUCUGACGUGGAAGAGGCAGAGUCCACCCUCGGGGGAAGAGGGUCGACCGACGAUGACGUCAACGAAUAUUUCAAGUCUCCCGACUCCUAUCAGAGCUCAGACGGUAAACGUCCAACCCAAGACAGGGGCAACGAUUCCAGAGAGAAGAAACUGAAAAGAAAACAGAAACGCAAGGAGGUAAUGACGUCAUAGAUUUUAGUUUUAAAAUAUGAACCCUUUAAACGAAAUGGUCAUGGUUUAUUAUGAAAUGUUUAAAUUCAGUUAUCGUGUCUUGUUUUCACAUCAUAACAACACUUAGUUCAACUACAACAUAUUGGUUUAUUUUCGUUUCAUAAGUUACAAAACACUCGGGAUAACUUUCGGUAGUUUUUUAGAUUUGUAAAAGGAUAGGACUUUAAACCAGCGAUAUUUGAUUUAAUUUUAAUAUAAGUGUUGAAACUUUUCAAAGGUCUACUAAUGUAGAUCUUAUUUUGAAGAUAAUCACUUUCUAUUGAUUAGUAAGGUCUUAGUUUCUUUUGAAAAACAAGAUCUUCAAAUAUUCGUGAAAUAGCACAUCGUCCUAGAUCCUUGUGACGAUUUCUGAUUUUUUUUUGAGUUACUGCACAGUUACUUGUAGCUAGUGCUAGCGCACAGUUGGGGUUGCUAGUGUUACUGCACAGUGGGGUUGCUAGUGCUACUGCAGAGUGGGGUAGAUAGUGUAACUGCGCAGUUGGAUGAGCUAGAUACUGCAGAGUGGGGGUAGCUAUAGCGUUACUGCAAAGUUAGGGGUAGCAAGUGUUUCUGCAGCUGGGGGAGGGGGUAGCUGGUUGUACCUCGCAGUAGGGUAGCUAGUGCUGCUUUAUCUUCCAUUAUAGCACUCAUUAACCUCAUAAGCGUGAACCUAGCGAACAGUUUGCUGUGUGCAAGGUCGAAACGAAACCCAGUCUGUUGCACAUGUGCACAAUGCUUCAAACACUGACCUUAUAAACAUUAUUUGCAUUUCUCUAGUCUUUUAGAUAUUAAAAAAGAAAGAAAAAAAAAGAAUGACAAAUAAUGGUACGGUUUUUACCUUUUGAUUCGCAGCGGUCUCGGCGUGCUGGCCCCAACUGUGACCUUUGCUAACAUAAUGUCAGGAAUAGGCCACAGAAACUUUUUUUUUCGUUGGGGGCGGGGGGGGGGGUCUGUGGAAAAUGGGGAGGCCUUAAUAGACUUCAAACGUUUAACCUAUGACCCCUCGCCCAACAGUAUUUUUAUUUUUUUUUUUUUUAAAGGUGGUGUAAUCCCCCUUUUUUCGCGUUUGUUAUUUUUUUUAUACGUUUUUUAUCUCGGCGUGCUGGCCCCAACUGUGACCUUUGCUAACAUAAUGUCAGGAAUAGGCCACAGAAACUUUUUUUUUCGUUGGGGGCGGGGGGGGGGUCUGUGGAAAAUGGGGAGGCCUUAAUAGACUUCAAACGUUUAACCUAUGACCCCUCGCCCAACAGUAUUUUUAUUUAUUUUUUUUUUAAAGGCGUAGUAACCUCCCAUUUAUCGCGUCUGCUAUUUUUUUUAAACAGUUUUUUUGUUGUUUUUUUUUUACCUCUGACAUUCAACUAUUUUUAACAUUGGCCUAUUUGUCCGACAGAUGCGCAAACGUGCUGGCCACGUUCUUCACUCCUCGUGGAAGUGGUUCAAGAGAGGUCUGGUCGCCAUUUCUCCCACCCUGACGUCAAUGUUCGCCUUCGCGCCAUCUCCCGCCACCAUCAUCCACGCGACGGCUGCCGCCAGACGUGAUGCUGACCGGUGUGGGAGACGCAUGCCGGUGUUCUUGUGAUCGGGGGUCACCGUCCACUCAGUUUUUGUUAUUUCUCGGCUGCCCAUGUUGUUUUGUAAAGGAACCUGUACGAAGACGAAUGUGGGCAGUAUGCCGCUACUGUCACCCCCAGAAGUCUCUGGUGAAGUUUGUAAAAAAAAAAAUUAAAAAGGGAAAAUGCUCAACCAAUGGAUAUUUUAAAAAAAAUAUAUACAAUUCUGCUCAAGACUUUAAUUGUAAGCGCAGUUGCGUUCUGUGGACAGCUGUACGCGGCCAAUUGGCCAGAGUGUGGUCCCAGCCUGACUUAUCUCAAGUCUUCCAUUAUUUUUUGAAGGAAGUGAAGACCGAAAAUCGUAAAUUUCUACAGCUGCGUAAACAAAUUUUGGUUGGCUGUGACUAGCCCGAUGAUGAGUUGCGUUCUCUUCCAGAAAGCUAUGUUUUCUUCCAGAAAUCUAUGUUUUCUUCCACACAGCUAUGUUCCCAAGCUGUUCAUGAUGUUUGUGUUCAUCAGAUUUACACAUCGAUGCAUCCAUCGACGGACACAUGUACACGCACAUGUACAUCCACAUGCACCGUGUCGUGUACCUCAUUUUGUUGCCGCUCUUCCCGAAUCUUUUUUCUCUCCAUUUUAAUCAAAGCCUUGUAAUAUAUUAUACUUAUAUUAUAAACUUGUAUCUCUUAUAUAAUUGCCAAUGUGUUGUAUGUGAUAUAAGAUUGCAUCUUGUAUACAAUUGCCAAUGUGUUGUAUGUAUUAUAAACUUGUAUCUUGUAUAUAAUUUCCAACGCGUGGCAUGUGCUCAAAUAUUCCACGCAUUGAUUUGUAGUGGCGUUGAAACGCUGAGUUUACGACCCACUAAUGGCCCGCACAUUUAGCACAGCUCUGCAUCGCUAGGCAGCCCCGCCAAUGACAGUUUGAAUUAAUGUGCACGCCAAAAGAACGUGCCUUAAUUGAAGUCCCAUUAAGCGCUGGUUACCUAUAGAACUGUCAUCAAUCAUACGCAGAUUUUCAUUCAUCGGGUCUCUGACGCGAAUACGUCAGCAGCUAUAGCAAUUGUUAUCAAAUUGGGUCAGGCAUUAAUUUUUGGGAGUGGAAUAAAAUUGCGUUGAAUCACUGGCUGCUAUCUAUGGUGAUUCAAUGUCAACUCGGCUAGUCGCGGAAAGGAAGAAAACAAAAAGAAAAAACUUACAUUUAGAGGAACUGAAAAAGAUAUCUCUUUAUCUUGUUUUGGAAAGAAUAGGGCAACUUAGCUGGUAGAUAGGGCAACGUAGAUGUAAAAGAGUGGGGCAUGAUAUCGUGUAGAAUGGUAGGGCAACAUAGAUGUAGAAGAGUAGGGCAACAUAUCUGGUAGAAUGAUAGGGCAACAUAGAUAUAGAAGAGUAGGGCAACAUAUCUGGUAGAAUGAUAGGGCAACAUAGAUGUAGCAGAGUAUGAUAACAAAUAUGUAGAAGAUUAGGGAAACAUAGACGUAGAAGAGUAGGGCAACAUAGAUGUAGACGAGUAGGGCAACAUAUCUGGUAGAAUGGUAGGGCAACAUAGAUGUAGAAGAAUAGGACAACAUAUAUGUAGGAGAAUAGGGCAACAUAACUGGUAGUAAGGAUAGUAGGGCAUCAAUUUUCUUUCACUUUUAUAUUUUAAAAUUAAUGUAAUGGCCGCUCAUUGUGGUAAGAAAAUUUUACCAUCUCCGUAAAAUAAGAACCUGGUCUCCGAGCUCCGGACCAAAAGACCCCGGUCUCCGAGCUCCGGACCAAAAGACCCUGGCCUCCGAGCUCCGGACCAAAAGACCCUGGCCUCCGAGCUCCGGACCAAAAGACCCUGGCCUCCGAGCUCCGGACCAAAAGACCCUGGCCUCCGAGCUCCGGACCAACAGACCCCGGCCUCCGAGCUCCGGACCAAAAGACCCUGGCCUCCGAGCUCCGGACCAAAAGACCCUGGCCUCCGAGCUCCGGACCAAAAGACCCUGGCCUCCGAGCUCCGGACCAAAAGACCCUGUUCUCCGAGCUCCCGUCCAAAUCCCUGGUUCUAAUGCUAAAAUGUUAUUUAUUAUUGCCCUUGAACUUGUAAAGCUUUCAUUCAAAACCGGAUUUUGAAUUUUAAUGUGUAUUUAAUAUGAAAUUAUAUUUCAAUACUCAUAUUUCUAAAAGUCUCUCCAGACAAUCAGUCAGACGUGCUGUGAUCAAAUAUCCUACGCAAUAACUCCGAUAUGCCAAAUUUUAUAGAGUUACGUAGGGCUCAAAGAAGUUUACGAACCAAAACAUACAUAUUUAAUGGCAAGUGGGAGAAAAAAACAACAACAACAGCUCUUACAAUAACACUAGUAGUAGAAAUAAACAAUAUAAUCAUUUCUAAAUAACUGAGCUGUGGGUACAGUAAUAUGAUUUAUUAUUGUCCUCUUCAAUUAUUGUAAUCACAAUAUGACUUGGUAUCGUUUUCUGCAAUUACUGUACUCACAAUAAGAUUUAGUAUUGCUCUAAUCAAUUUCUACAGUCAAAUAGAGAUGAGUGUAGUUUUGUUCGGAGAGCACUCACUAUUUCAACAACACGCUGAGGAGGGUGUUUUUGUUAUGCAUUCAACGUUAAAAUAAAGGUUUAAUGCUGAAGUCUGUUCCAAUUAUACCACAUGCAAAGCAGAUUAAGAACGUUUAGGUAUUUAAAAGAACAACAACAACAACAAAAAAAACCCAAAACUCACCAAAGAGAAUACAACUGUUUCCUACAUUUUCAAAUUGUAUUUCUCCCCCGAAAAAUUUAAGGAGAACAGAAGGGCCUGGAACUGUAAUUUUUACAUUUAUGAAUGAGCCGAGCUGACGUUUCUAAGUAACGGACUCUGUUGACCAGCUCAACAGUUCACAUUUUAAUUUUAAUUAUUUUUAUAUUAUUUAUUUUUUUCAAAUAAACUUGCCAUCGUAUACCUUUUCAAUUUGAGAGCCCCUCCGUUUUGUUAAUGACAUGGCGAGAAGGAAACGACAACGUAUGUAAAUAUGCAAAUAAAAAGGAAUGAUUGUAUAAAUAAAUGAUUGUAUAUCCUGUAAAAAUUGUCAAC